AGAUACACAAGUUGCUGUAUACAUGUAUGUAUUAUUCGUUGCACCAUUUAGGCGCUGCUAGCUUGGUGCUGAUGGAACAGAAGAGCGCAACCUCGCUUGAAUGGAGGGAGAGGUAAUCUGGUAGAAAGAACAUGAGACAAUAAGAGGCCGGAGAUUACAUUACUUUUCAAUACGAGGAGAUUGCAUGGCUGAUCCAGUGGUAAUUGUGAAGAAGAUCGUCCGCAUCGCCAUCAUAAUCGAGGAUACCGUGGAGACAGUCAGGGAGAACAUGGAGGAAUGCCACGGCAUACAGAAGCUUGUGUGCAGAGUCAGAGAUCUGCUGUCGCUGCUGCAGGAGUCGGAGAUGAUGAAGCACCAGGUGGUGAGCGGCCCUCUCGAGGACCUUUGGGAUGCUGUCAGCGACGCCCUCUAUGCUGUAACAGCCUGCAAGGGGAGGAAUACCCUGUGCCCCUGCUUCAACUUCAAGGCCAUGAAGUCGUCCAAGAAGCUGAGCCGGGUGAAGAAUGACAUAUCACAGGGCAUGAUGCGGGCCAUCUUUGCUACCCAUGAUGCGGCAGUCUUUGUGGCUACAAAAGGCCACCAAGUUGGCCUGAAUUUCGAUGUGUUCUUUCUUCCUACACAUCAACAAACAUCUCCCUUAUCCGAACAUCUGCAAUCGUCUCCUCGUGCUGUUACUGACGAUUUUCUGCUUAGUGUGCUUACAGAUGAACCUUAUCGUUCACCUGAUGCUGUUGUUAGCAAUGGCCACCUUCCUCGUCUGCCCACACAAAUACAAGAACCUCCUGUUUUGGCUCCUAUUAUUACAGAUGAUGUACCUAAUAAUCUGGAGCCUCCUUCGGAUGUAUACUUCGAUCCUCACAUAAAUGUAGAUCCUUUUGAAUUCAAACACCAGUCUCAUCGUCGUCCCAAACAACCACUGCCACCGCCAACACCUCCUCAUAUGACCACAUCCCUACCACCACCACCAGCCCCUCCAAAACUUCCACCAUCAUCACUUUCUCUUCCCCCAUAUGUAACAUCUCCUGUGCCUAAACACUGGGCCCAUCAUCCACCACGACAAUCACCAUGUCAGAGUACUGAGGAGGAGGUUCCGUUGCCUGUUACUAGUUCUAUGUCCACGGCUUCACCAGAUGCUAGGAUAUCUGGUCAAAGAAAAAAUUACUCAGGACAAGCUGAUGGACCUUCUACUUCGUUACCAGGUUUAAGAAAGUUCAGUUUAUCUGAGUUGAGGGAUGCUACACAUAAUUUUUCAGAGAAGAAUAAAAUUGGAACAAAUGACUUUGGUAUUUUCUACAAGGGUGUACUGCAUGACGGACUCAAGGUUGCCAUAAAGGUAUUUCGAGGUCCACCUCAAUUUCUUCGAGAACAAUUGAGUACUAAAGUUCGUCUUGCAUCAAAGCUUCAAAGCAAGGAUGUGGAGGCUUCUGGGAAUAACUUGUAUAUAAUAAGAGUUCUAGGAUAUUAUGAACAUGAGUUCAUAUCGGUGAGUCGUGAGAUCCGUAUAAUUUUUCUGGUCGAAGAAUACCUGCCAAAUGGAAACAUGUACAGCCUUAUUUAUGGGUCUCAACUUCAUUGGACCUCCCGCUUCAGGAUCAUCCUGGGCUUAGCGCAGGGCCUACAGUACCUACAUGAGGAACACAUUGUCCAUAUGAAUGUUAAACCAGCCAAUGUUCUCUUGGAUUCUGAUAUGAAUCCAAAGAUAACUGAUUUUGGAAUAGCUAUACUGUUGAAGGGACCGAUCGUUCAAGUCAACAAGACUGAUUUUCGAAUAGCCAGACUGUUCGAGGGACUGACCAUUCAAUCCAAUGACAUAGCGGGCACAGUGGGAUAUAUGUCUCCCGAAUAUAUCUUGGAAGGAACUUUGUCGACAAUGUAUGAUGUGUAUAGCUUUGGUGUCACCCUCCUUGAGACCAUUAGCAGUAUGUGUAAAACUAACCCUGUUCGUCACCAUGCUUCAGUUCCAUGGGCUUGGAAUGUGCGUGAAAAUCAACAAAUGGGUCAGUUAUUUGAUUCAUCCUUGUUUGAGGAAUCUCAGCUAACAGAGAUAAAAAGGUGCUUUGAGAUAGGACUACUAUGCACUCAGUUUGAGAGAGCAAAGCGGCCUACCAUGGCAUCUGUUCUUGAGAUGCUUAAUGGCAAGAAAGAGUUAACAACCCCAUGGCAACCGGAAUAUACCAAAGAAAGGGUCAUAGAUGCCAAAAGGGCCAGCCAAAAUGUCAGGAGUCGGAUGUAGCAAAACAUCCAAGUAUUGGAGCUGUUUGAGUGAUGAAUAACAAUUUGCUGUUGUAAAUAUAGUUGGCUUGCUUGUAUGCAAUCUGUAAGUGUGCUACUUACGUGGUGGCAAUCAACUGGAAUUUCUUCUUUUGAACAAUUUGUAAAUGCUUUACUUGUAAUAAACUAGUAAACAUGCAUGUGUAACACGCACGUGGUGUUUAUGAAAGCAUUUAAGGCUGCUCA